GGCAGCGAUGUGAGCUGGACGCCCGCCCCGGAGGAGUCUGGACCGAACGUCCCCGGAGAGUCGCCGCUGAGCCAGGCAGUCAGCUUCCAGCACAUGGACUUGAACUGGGAUCUCAUUUGGGAAGCAUAAGUAUCCAAUCAACCUCGCUAUUUUUUCAUUUGGAAAAUACUCACGUUCCAGUGGCUCACCAUCCUGUGCUUCACUUUCCGAAAGCCUGGCAACCCCAUGUGGACUCCUGGUAGAAUGAGCAAUGCAAAGAGCUGGCUUGGACUUGGCAUGUCCUUGUACUUCUGGGGACUGAUGGACCUUACGACCACUGUUCUCUCCAGCACACCAACACCACCAGGCAAAUUAGAGGCGCUCCUGUCAGACAAGCCACAGUCACACCUGCGGACAAAGAGGAGCUGGGUUUGGAACCAGUUUUUUGUUCUGGAAGAGUACACUGGAACAGACCCUCUGUAUGUCGGCAAGCUCCAUUCAGACAUGGACAGGGGGGACGGAUCCAUCAAAUACAUCCUCUCAGGAGAAGGCGCAGGCAUCGUGUUUACCAUCGAUGACACCACAGGGGACAUCCACGCCAUCCAGAGGCUCGACCGAGAGGAGAGGGCCCAGUACACCCUAAGGGCGCAAGCCCUGGACAGGCGGACAGGCAGGCCAAUGGAACCAGAGUCAGAGUUCAUCAUCAAAAUCCAAGACAUCAACGACAAUGAGCCCAAGUUCCUGGACGGACCUUAUGUUGCCACCGUGCCAGAAAUGUCACCAGUGGGGACCUCAGUCAUCCAGGUGACAGCCACAGACGCGGACGACCCGACCUACGGCAACAGCGCCCGGGUGGUGUACAGCAUUCUCCAGGGCCAGCCGUACUUCUCUGUGGACUCCAAGUCAGGUGUGAUCAGGACGGCGCUCAUGAACAUGGACCGAGAGGCGAAGGAAUACUACGAAGUGAUUAUCCAGGCCAAGGACAUGGGAGGGCAGCUUGGCGGGUUAUCUGGGACCACGACGGUCAACAUCACGCUUUCGGAUGUCAAUGAUAACCCACCCCGCUUUCCCCAGAAGCAUUACCAGAUGAGUGUGCUGGAAUCAGCUCCCAUCAGCUCCACUGUGGGGAGAGUGUUUGCCAAAGACCUGGACGAAGGAAUCAAUGCAGAGAUGAAGUACACAAUUGUGGAUGGAGACGGUGCCGAUGCCUUUGACAUUAACACAGACCCCAACUUCCAAGUCGGCAUCAUAACCGUGAAGAAGCCACUGAGUUUUGAAAGCAAGAAAAGCUACACCUUAAAGGUGGAGGGAGCCAAUCCUCACCUAGAGAUGCGUUUUCUGAGCCUGGGCCCCUUUCAGGACACAACCACAGUGCACAUCAGUGUGGAAGAUGUGGAUGAGCCCCCCGUAUUUGAACCUGGCUUUUAUUUUGUGGAGGUACCUGAAGAUGUGGCAAUUGGAACCACCAUACAGAUCAUUUCUGCCAAGGACCCAGAUGUGACCAACAACUCGAUCAGAUAUUCCAUCGACAGAAGCAGUGACCCUGGAAGGUUCUUCUAUGUCGACAUUACAACAGGGGCUCUGAUGACUGCAAGACCCCUGGACCGGGAAGAGUUUUCUUGGCAUAACCUCACUAUCCUUGCUAUGGAAAUGAACAACCCUGCCCAGGUCGGAAGUGUUGCUGUCCCGAUCAGAGUCCUGGACGUGAACGACAACGCUCCGGAGUUCCCCCGAUUCUACGAGGCCUUCGUCUGUGAGAACGCCAAAUCGGGGCAGCUGAUCCAGACGGUGAGUGCAGUGGACCACGAUGACCCACGCAACGGCCAGCACUUCCACUACAGCUUGGCCCCCGAGGCUGCCAACAACCCCAACUUCACCCUAAGGGACAACCGAGAUAACACGGCCCGCAUCCUGACCCGGAGGUCUGGCUUCCGGCAGCAGGAGCAGAGCGUCUUCCACCUGCCCAUCCUGGUAUCGGACGACGGGCAGCCGGUACUGAGCAGCACGGGCACGCUGACUAUCCAGGUGUGCAGCUGUGACGACAGUGGCCACGUCCUGUCCUGCAGCCCCGAGGCCUACAUGCUCCCGGUCACUCUGAGCCGAGGUGCCCUCAUCGCCAUCCUGGCCUGCAUCUUUGUCCUCCUAGUGCUGGUGCUGCUCAUCCUGUCCAUGCAGCGGCACCGGAAGCAGCCGUACACCAUCGACGACGACGAGAACAUCCACGAGAACAUUGUCCGCUACGACGACGAGGGCGGCGGCGAGGAGGACACCGAGGCCUUCGACAUCGCCGCACUGUGGAACCCGCGGGAGGCGCAGGUGGGGGGCGCCCCCAAGUCGCGGCAGGACAUGCUGCCGGAAAUCGAGAGCCUCUCCCGCCACGUGCCGCAGACCUGCGCCGUCAGCAGCACCGUCCACAGCUACGUGCUGGCCAAGCUCUACGAGGCCGACAUGGACCUGUGGGCCCCUCCCUUCGACUCCCUCCAGACGUACAUGUUCGAGGGGGACGGCUCGGUGGCCGGGUCGCUGAGCUCCCUGCAGUCGGCCACGUCGGACUCGGAGCAGAGCUUCGACUUUCUAACGGACUGGGGCCCCCGCUUCCGGAAGCUGGCCGAGCUCUACGGGGCGGCGGAAGGGCCGGCCCCCGUGUGGUGACGGAGGCCCCUGCGCGCCAAAACCCUGAACCCGGGCGUUCCGGGAGGAUGCUUCCCGGACAACAUGCAACCAACCCCACGAGCAAUACUGUGCUGGAGAGUGAGACUGGGGGAGCAGAAGAGCAGAAUUCUCUCUGGGUCAGCUUUACUACUUGGUUAGAUUACAGAAACACAAGAAGAAGCGGGCAGAAUCUCCCAUUAUCUUUUUUUUCUUCUCUUUUCUUUUUAACUUUGGGACACACUGUAUUCAAAGGCUCAGAGUCCAAGGUGAAGUAUGGCCAGCUCGGCUUUUCUUUGCCUUUCACCAAGGCCUUUGUCACUUUUUCACCACAAAGAGGCUCUGAUCUUAGGGUGACGAUUGAAAGCAGAAAGGUCUACUCUCAGAUUCUUUUUUUAUGUUAUUUUGUUCUCCAAUUCAGAGUUUUGCUAGCUCGUCAAACCGAAUAAACCAACCCACACAAAAGAACGCAGGGAAAAAAAGCUAUUCGGUGAAAUUAAUCUACUCGUCCUGGGGUGGAUCAAAAUUCUUUUAACCCUUUUGAGACCAAGUGAAGGCAAACGGCCUUGCAUGGGGGAUGGAUGGGCGGGGUGGGAGAAGGAAGAGGCAUUGACACUGCGCUCAAGUUUUUAGUGGCUGAACCGAGAGGUGCUGGCAUUACAACGAACGGAACUCCAUGAGGUUGGAGUACGCUUGUUCUCACAGCGUGUUCACUGUGCCCCUGCAAAAUCGUUCAGGAGGAAGCCAGAAAACCUGCCUCUUUUGCACUGUAGAUGUCUCUUCCACGUGCCAAAUGUGAAGAUUAGAUGCUACAAAUGAAAGCCAAAUAAGAAGAAGUAUCUGAUAAAAGCAUGGGUUAGAGGGCUUUCCUAAUCUGUGUGAGGUCAAUCCGAGGGAUGUUUACAUACUGUAGAUAACCUACUUGAACAAAAAUCAGUA